ACACACACACACGUACACGUACACACAACCACAAGCACAGGAAGGACGUUUAAAAGGGAGGUACCGUUGUAAAAGCACCUCCCCACAACAACCAGCAGCUGAUGAGGCACCUUCGAGUCCUUCACCCGCACCCACUUACCUAUUUCCCUUGAUUGGUGCUUUGCAGGUGUUUGCCAGGUGCUCCCUCUUGCUGCUCACCUGGCUUGGGCUCCGUGCAGGUGUCUGGUUAAGAAGGUGCUGGUGCUGCAUUGGACAAAGUUGUAAUUAUGGAAAAUAAGAAACAAAGAAAAAUUGACAGUGGUGGCUUCAGGAAACAUGAGAUUGCAAAAAUUUACAGUGAGCCUUAUUGUGCUGAAAGACAAUGGGACGCUAUGCAGGCAGGACAGGCUGAGGCGAUGGUGAUGGAACAAACUGGUGGUGACCGUGACCCAGCUGGAGGUGACCACAAUACACAAGCACCUUCACUAGACUCGUUCAAUCUGAGGACCCGGAAAGGAGCAGAUCGGUUUGAAUUUGAAACAAAAUCUUAUAGUGAAACCAAAAAAUUUGCCAAACAAAGAAAGGAACUUCAUAGUAAAGAACCAUGGAUGUCACGUACACCCAGUGAUGAAUAUAGUAAGAGCAGUAGUAACGGAGAAGAAAAAAUUAUGUCAGAAUCAGCUGAUAAUGAAAACUUGGCAGAAACACCUGGUGAACAAGAGGAAACUUUUGUGCCUUCUGUUAAAUACAACUUUGAUAAUCCAUUGGUGGCAAUUACCUACAGUGAAGAUUUUAAAACCUCUGAAGAAAACUUCACCAAAGGAUGUAAAUGGUCACCUGAUGGGUCUUGUCUUCUGGUAGCCGCCAAUGACUCCAGGAUGCGGCUCUUCAACCUUCCCUCACCAGUGCUUCAGGGAUCAUUUCUGUGCGAGUCAUGGUUUGCAGAGGAGGCCAAGAACUACAGCACGCCUGCCGUCAUUGUCAGAGAGAAGGAGCUUGUGUAUGACUACUGCUGGUACCCACUCAUGCGCUCUGACAGCCCAACCACCUGCUGUUUUGUUGCCACUUGUAGAGACCAACCAAUCCACUUAUGGGAUGCUUGGGAUGGCCACCUGAUUUGCAGCUAUCAUUCAUAUAAUCACCUUGAUGAAAUGGUUGCAGCUUACAGUGUUGGGUUUAACCUGGAUGGGUCCAGAAUGGUGGCAGGCUUCAAGAAGUGCCUGCGCACCUUCCACACCCAACGCCCAGGCAGAUACUUUGAGCAGAUUGAAGCUAAGGAGCAUCCUGGGAUCAUCUCCUGUACAAGUUUCAACCCUCAGAUGCCAGCUAUCUUUGCUGCGGGCAGUUACCUUGGUUCAAUUGGUCUCUACAACCUAGAGAGGAAUAAUUUGUUUUGCCGGAUUGAUGGUGACAUGGGAGGUGUGACCCAAGUCAAGUUUUCUUCAUGUGGCACAAAACUUUUUUCAGGAUCUCGCAAGAACAAUGAGAUCCUCUGCUGGGACAUCAGGAAUCCAGGGACAUUACUCUGUGGCUACAAGAGGGAAGUUUCUACAAGUCAGAGGAUAUACUUUGACUUAGAACCUCACUCCAGUAGCUUCCUUGUUUCUGGAGACACCGGAGGACGAGUGUUGAAGUGGGACCUGAAUGAGGGGUGGGAGGCUGCCUCUGAUGAUGAGUUUACUAAGGAACCAUCCUCAUCAUUUGUGGCACAUAAGGACUGCACCAAUGGAGUGAGGCAAGUACAAGAAAUCUUAGGUUUCUCUUAUUUACAUAUUAAGCUAAACAAUAAUUGAGAAAUCACAUAUAGGCUCCUACUUCCUUUACUAUCAGUUAUAGUAAUCUAUCUAUAUCUCUGAUGCCUUGUCCCAUCAUGUGAAUUUCUCCCAAGGGAGUGGCCAUGACAUAAGUCUCCAAUAUUCCUUUUCCUGGCACUCCCUCUAUGCAAACUAAAUCCUUCACCUGCCAACUUUCUCUAAUACUUAUCCGCUCUAAUGAUCCAUUUUACCAGUUGUCUCCCCAUGAUGCCAUCUCCCUCUGUCCUGUAUCAUACACUAAACAAAGUUACCCUCAUUUAUUCUUAUGUCCAGACCAUCUCAUAGCAUGGUUUUACCCAUUCAACCUCUCCACACUCCACUCUGCUGUUACAGCCAUUCCAGAACUCAAACACAUCCUCAUUACUAGCUCAAUCCCAUCUUAACACACCACACACACUCUUUCCAUAGCUACUUUCCAUCGUGUAUUCAUGAUUGCUGUGCUACUUUCCAUGUUGAUUCAUAUCCUCCCCCUCCCCCUAUGGAUAUGGCCACACUAUAUUAUCAAUUUUAUAACUCAUACUGCUCACCUCUGCUUUCCUUUAUCUCUUCAUUUCUUUUAACAUGCACCCAGUCCUUAUUUUGCUGGUAUCAUUCUUACCCCCUCCCCCCUCCCAA